AACAGUCACCUGUCGCCCUCACUCGCGACUUUCUCCCCCACUUUUAUUUAUAAUAAUUUAAUAAUAAAAAUUCCAGUAUAUAAAUUAGGGUUUAUUCCUUUUUUUGUUUCUCUUUUUUCUUCUCAAAUGAGUAGUACUUCUCCUAUUAAUAAUACUACUACUAAUAAUAAUAAACAAUCUUCUCACGAAGAAGAAUCAUCAUCUUCCGGCGGUGCUGCACCUGAUUCCGGCGCCGGUGACGGCGGAGAUAGUAGUGAUCCGAUGGAUAAAGGCGGUGGCAGUGAUCCCAUGGAUGAAGAUGAUAUAUCUGUUGAUCCUGCAACUGUUUUUUGUAUUAGGCUUAAACAGCCUACCUCUAAUUUACAGUUUAAAAUGAGUGUUCCUGAGCUCUGUCGUAAUUUUAGUGCUGUUGCUUGGUGUGGAAAGCUAAAUGCUAUUGCAUGUGCAUCAGAGACCUGUGCACGUAUACCAAGUUCCAAUGCAAAUCCACCAUUUUGGAUCCCGAUUCAUAUAGUAAUCCCUGAACGACCAACAGAGUCGACUGUAUUUAAUGUCAUAGCAGAUUCUCCUCGUGAUUCAGUUCAGUUUAUUGAAUGGUCUCCUUCGUCUUGUCCUCGUGCUUUGCUAAUUGCUAAUUUUCAUGGACGGAUAACUAUCUGGUCUCAACCUUCCCAAGGAUCAACUAGUCUGGUUAAAGAUGCUAGCUGUUGGCAGCGGGAGCAUGAGUGGCGGCAGGAUAUUGCAGUUGUUACAAAGUGGUUGUCUGGGGCGUCUCCUUAUAGGUGGCUAUCCUCAAGAUCAAGUAAUUCUACUAAGUCCACUUUUGAGGAAAAGUUCCUUUCACAACAACCUCAAGCUCCUGCUGGAUGGCCGAACUUUCUUUGUGUAUGCUCCGUCUUCUCAUCUGGAUCUAUACAGCUACACUGGUCCCAAUGGUCAUCGAAUCAGAGUGGCGCUUCUAAAUGGUUUUGUACAAGUAAAGGUCUACUGGGAGCUGGACCCAGUGGUAUUAUGGCCGCUGAUGCAAUUGUGACGGACACAGGAGCCUUGCACGUGGCAGGAGUUCCAAUUGUGAAUCCAUCUACUGUUGUUGUCUGGGAGGUCACCCCUGGUCCUGGAAAUGGAUUUCAAGCUACUCCAAAAACUACCACUAGCAAUGGGAUUCCUCCUUCACUUAAUCCACCUUCAUGGGAUGGCUUUGCUUCAUUGGCUUCAUAUUUGUUUAGCUGGCAGGAAUAUCUAUUUUUAGAAGCUAAACAAGGGAAGAAGCAGACAGAGCAAGAUUAUAGUGACAUGGUUGCACUUCAUUGUUCUCCCGUUUCAAAUUUUUCUGCAUAUGUCAGUCCCGAGGCUUCAGCUCAAUCAGCAGCAACAACUACAUGGGGUUCGGGAGUCACUGCAGUCGCCUUUGACCCGACCUGUGGCGGAUCUGUGGUUACUAUAGUAAUUGUUGAAGGGCAAUACAUGUCUCCCUAUGAUCCAGAUGAGGGUCCUUCAAUUACUGGAUGGAGAGUUCAACGUUGGGAAUCCUCUUUAGAGCCGGUUGUCCUGCAUCCAAUAUUUGGUAACCCCACAUCCAGUUUUGGUGGGCAGCCUCCAAUGCAGACGGUGUGGGUUACAAAAGUGAAUAAAAGCAUCCCAGCUACCGAUAAUAUUAAAAAUAACCAAGCAGGUGCACCAGGAACAUCUGAGGGUCUAAAUACAUCCGAGUCUGACACUGAGAAGGCAAAAAGGGUUGUUUUUGAUCCGUUUGAUUUGCCAAGUGAUGUUAGAACUCUUGCUCAUAUUGUCUAUUCUGCCCAUGGUGGUGAGGUCGCUGUUGCAUUUUUACGAGGUGGGGUGCACAUAUUUUCUGGUUCAAGCUUCACACCUGUUGAUAACUAUCAGAUCAAUGUUGUUUCUGCAAUUGCUUCUCCUGCAUUUUCUUCUACCAGUUGCUGUUCUGCUACUGUAUGGCAUGACACAGCUAGGGACUGCACUAUGUUGAAGAUAAUUCGUGUUCUCCCUCCUGCUGUUCCAAGCAACCAAGUAAAAACGAACUCCUCAACAUGGGAACGUGCAAUUGCAGAAAGGUUUUGGUGGAGUCUUAUGGUUGGAGUUGAUUGGUGGGAUGCAGUUGGCUGUACACAGAGUGCUGCUGAAGAUGGCAUUGUUUCGUUGAAUAAUGUGAUCGCGGUUCUGGAUGCGGAUUUUCACUCUCUUCCUUCUGCCCAGCACAGACAACAAUAUGGCCCUGGCUUGGACAGGAUUAAAUGCAGAUUAUUAGAAGGUACAAAUGCUCAGGAAGUGAGAGCAAUGGUUCUUGAUAUGCAGGCAAGAUUGCUAUUGGAUAUGCUAGGAAAAGGAAUAGAAUCGGCCCUAGUUAAUCCUUCAGCUCUAGUAGUUGAACCAUGGUUGGCAUCUGGCGAGACAUUAAACAACCUUGACCAUGAAUCAAUGGCUGUUGACCCAGCACUUGUAUUAAGCAUCCAGGCAUAUGUUGAUGCUGUUCUCGAUCUAGCCUCACAUUUCAUUACACGCUUGCGUCGUUAUGCCAGUUUCUGUCGUACACUGGCAAGUCAUGCUGUAACUGCUGGUGCAGGUGGCAACCGUAACAUGGUGAUGAGUCCCACCCAAAGUACUGGCACCCCUGGAGCAACACAAGGUGCUCAAAAUGGCGCUGCAAGCUCUGCAGCAAGCACUCCAAUUCAAGCAUGGGUACAAGGAGCUAUUGCUAAGAUCAGUAGCACCUCUGAUGCAGUUCCGAAUGCAGCUCCUAAUCCGAUAAGUGGCCCGUCUUCGUUUAUGCCUAUAAGUAUAAACACUGGAACUUUCCCUGGAACCCCAGCUGUUAGGCUUAUCGGGGACUGCCAUUUCCUUCAUAGGUUGUGCCAACUUUUGCUGUUUUGCUUCUUCUUCCGACGAAUUCAACUGCCAAGAUUUAUAGGCGCUGCGCAAAGGAGCUCUGAUUCAGCUGUGCAUAAACCUCAGAAUGGGGCUCUUGGUAAGGUGGAAGAGAUCAGCUCUGUCCCUGCAAAAGUGACGCCAGCUAUGGGUAGAUCAGAAGAGUUAGCUGUUUCACGGGCUGGCCAGGUUGGCUCUGGAGCAAAAGGUCCCGAGGAAGUUCCAGGAAAUAGGUCAAGAUAUGGUUCUGGAAACGCUGGUCAAGGAUACACAUUUGAUGAGGUAAAGGUCCUCUUCCUCAUUCUAAUGGAUCUUUGCAAACGGACAGCAGGUUUGGCACACCCAUUGCCUGUUUCUCAGGUAGGAAGUAGCAACAUCCAGGUUCGUCUCCAUUAUAUAGAUGGAAACUAUACCGUUUUGCCAGAGGUUGUUGAAGCAUCUCUUGGCCCACAUAUGCAGAAUAUGCCUCGGCCUAGAGGUGCAGAUGCUGCUGGUUUGUUACUUAGAGAGUUAGAACUCCAUCCUCCUGCUGAAGAAUGGCAUAGACGAAAUACAUUUGGUGGGCCUUGGUCUGACCCAGAUGAUCUGGGUGUGGAUGAUCUGUCAAGGCCCAGCACCUCCACUGAUUCUAUGAGCUUCAGCUUGGUCGACAGCAAUGAUGGUCAUCAUGAAGCCCAACGAUUGUGGCCACGGAAGCGCAGGAUGUCUGAGAGAGAUGCAGCUUUUGGGUUAAACACUUCAGUUGGUUUGGGUGCAUAUCUUGGGAUAAUGGGAUCACGGCGAGACGUGGUAACUGCUGUCUGGAAAACGGGUCUUGAAGGGGUUUGGUACAAGUGUAUUAGAUGCUUGCGUCAAACGUCAGCUUUUAGCUCACAAGGGGGCAACAACACAUCUACACAGAAUGAACGGGAGAUAUGGUGGAUUAGCCGCUGGGUUCAUGGGUGUCCUAUGUGUGGAGGGACAUGGGUUCGCGUUGUAUAAAAGAGUACUUCAGUUAAGCUUUAGGUUAGCUCAUUGCCCAAUUUUAUGCAUAAUUCAAAAAAUCUCUUGAUUAGUUGUCAUAAUGAUUAAUAUAUAGAUUAUAGCUCUUUUUUAUCCAACUCUAGAAGCAUUCCUUGUCAUCUAAAUAAUUUUCUUCCCUAAUAUAUUUCUAAAGGUCUGUAGUGCUGUGUUA